ACUACUUGGCCUUGACUGUAGGUGGGAGAAAGCGAAUGGAUGUCGCAAAACCAUUUCGACAUUAAUGCUGUCUACGUAUACCGGGACGGUUGUAAUUUUCCGAUUGGACCGUUUCGAUGCAAUGCCGUAUCUGAAGGAACUCUUAGAAGACGAAAGCAUCAUGAAGAUUGGUGUGGAUACGCAGCGUCAGGCACUGUAUCUAUUCAACGAUUUUGACGUGCGUGUUGCGAGUACCUUUGAUCUACGUUUUAUGGCUAGUGAACCAAUGGAUCUGAAAUUGAUGAAGCGACAUUACAUGCAGAUCACUUCACAGAUCAAUCCUUACUUCCCAUUUGAAAGUGAAUACGAACAAACUCUGAGUGUCAACGCUCGUGCUUCCAUUGUUCUAUUUAGAUUAUUUUGUGGCGACUGUGACAGUAACAUGCAACCAAUCAAACAUGCUCCCAACGCUGUGACUGUGAAGUAUAUGAUUGACACGUUUUGCCGUAUACAUCUGAAUUGCUUCUACAGUGAUGAAGUCAUUCAUUCGAAAACCCGAGUACAUUUCAAACGACUAGAAUCCGUGGUUACUCCGUAUGGCGACACUUAUAAGUUACCGGAUAGAAACGAAUGCACUUAUUGCCAGGAAGCGGACAGAUAUCAAACGUAUUUUCCAUACCUUCUUCAAAUGUUGGAUAAGAGGGUUUUAGUGUUAUGUGAACCAUGCCAUAGAAAAAGUGGACAUCCGUCAUGGCGCGCUGCCGAUGACUUGAUUAUUUUCGCACACGAUGUUCCAUUCGGCAUAAACUGCACCACUUUAAAUCUGAAUAAAGUUCCGAUCAUGACCAUAAACCAGGCCAUUGAUGCUGCCGAAUUAGAACUGGAUAAACACUCUACGAAAGGACAUUCCACUUGGCCGCCGAAGGCGCAACCUUUAAAAAUCGUUGUUGAUCCCCAACAUUUUGUAUACAUUGUGAUCGAUGAUUUAGAGGAUUGUCAGUAUUGGUUGAAAGAUCUGAAACGGCAUUGUGAGGCGAUACCUGCAUUAAGUUUGGAUUGUGAAUGGGUACCGCCGCCAUUUUCACCCAAUCGUCGUCCCAUUGCACUGUUACAGCUAGCUACGUGCCAAGGUCUCUGUCUUCUUAUUAGACUUUGUCGCAUUCGAAUCAUCCCUACAGAACUGAGACGAAUUCUGUACAACAGCGACAUUUUGAAAGUUGGUGUUGGCAUAACCCAGGAUGUCGAAUAUUUACACAACGACUAUGGCAUUACAGUGACAAAUACAUUAGAUCUCCGAUUUAUGGCCGAAACAGCGGAUUGUGAACCCGGUGGACUUGCCCAGAUGGCUGCGAAGUAUGUUAAUUUGACGCUCGAUAAAGCUAGAACCAAUGCUCAAAUACACAAAAAUUGGGAAUCGCCUGAAUUCACGGAACGUCAAACGAAAUAUGCCGCCGAUGACGUUUUUGCUGGCCUUUUGCUGUUCAAAUAUUUUGCCCACAAAAUACAGCAAGAGAUCGACAUGAAUGAGAUGACCUGUCAUCUAAUCGGAUCCGUAUGCAAGAAAUACAUCGGCCAAGAAUAUAAAGUUCAAAGCAAAAAAUUACCGAAAUAAAACAGAAAAUGACCUAGCUACGACAAUAA